GCUUUAAAUCUAGUUGGUUAUAAAUCCAGUGUCAAUAACUUAUUCGUAAUGUUUUUACUCCUUAUUUUAUACUUUUUGUGUGUUUAUAAAACAAGCGCCUUACUGUGCUAUAAUGGUACGUUUACAUGCAGGCGCUACGGUGAAGACCCGCUACAGUUUAGAAGUUUGUUCACACCAAGCCGUUCAUCUGCGGCUAAAACACGGUGUUUAUUUACAACACAAUGUAAUUUACGUGCAGAAAAUGCUAUGUGCUUUGUAAGAUCGUGGAGUGCGCGCGCCCGCCAUGCCUGGAUUGUGCAGAGGGGAUGCUACUUACCCACAGUGGAUGACCAUCUGCCUAGGUCUAUGUUGAUACCUACCAGAGCAAUGACUUGUAAACACGAAAGACAUCCCGAAGCCGAGUACAAGGUGUGCCUGUGUCAAGCGGACUGGUGCAACUCGGCUCCCAGCACAAUCCCUUCGAUGACACAAAGCUUUGUUAAGUGGUCUACAUACAUAAUUGGGAGCUUAAUCCUAUUUUGAACAACUACAUAAGUUAUGAGAAUUUCUAUUAAAAGUAUGUAUUGAUAACUUGUAGAACUAUCUUU